CCGUGAUGGGUAUGCUGGAAGCAGGUGCCAGUUCCGUGACCCUUGCACUACGGGGCUUUGCAUGAACGGCGCCACAUGCAGCGUCGUGACAAAGGCGAACACAGUGGACUUCAGCUGCACCUGCAAGCUGGGCUUCGCCGACCGCCGCUGCCAGACGCCUGUCAACAUUGCAUGUGUCGGCAUGCCGUGUCGCAACGGAGGCACCUGCGAGGUGGAGAGCCUGCAGACGUACAAGUGCCGCUGCCCACCUGGAUGGUCAGGUAACCAGUGCCAGCAUCCCGACCCCUGUGCCUCGAAUCCGUGCGCCAAUGACGGCCGGUGCGCCGCUAUCGAGUCCCAUUACAUCUGCUCCUGCACGCAGUUCUUCUCUGGAAAGACCUGCAGCCAGGACGUCAACGAGUGCGAUGCCAACCCGCCCCCUUGCAAGAACGGCGGCGUUUGCGUCAACGUGGUCGGUGGCUACCGCUGCCAGUGCCCGGCGGAGUACAUAGGCAAGCACUGCGAGAGCCUCUACCUGCCAUGCAACCCAUCACCUUGCCAAAAUGGAGGCACCUGCGUCCAGAACGGAGAUACCAGCUAUGAAUGCACUUGUGUGCCAGGCUUUACCGGAAAAACCUGCAACCAGAACAUUGAUGACUGUCCAGGCCACGACUGCCAGAAUGAAGGGACCUGUGUGGACGGAGUCAACACCUACAACUGCCAGUGUAGACCCGAAUUCACAGGUCAGCUCUGCACAGAGGACGUGGAUGAGUGCCAGCUGAUGCCCAACGCCUGCCAAAAUGGCGGCACAUGCCAUAACACUUACGGCAGCUUCCAGUGCGUGUGCGUUAACGGGUGGACGGGGGACGACUGCAGCGAGAACAUUGACGACUGUGCCAGCGCCGCCUGCCACCACGGGUCCACCUGCCACGACCGCGUUGCCUCGUUCGUCUGCGAAUGUCCUCAUGGCCGCACAGGUCUGCUGUGCCAGCUGGAUGACGCCUGCAUCAGCAACCCUUGUCAGAAGGGCUCCAACUGUGACACCAACCCCGUCAGCGGGAAUCACGUCUGCACCUGCCCUCCGGGCUACUUGGGGGUCUCCUGUGAUCAAGAUGUUAACGAGUGCUCGCUUGGUCCCAACCCUUGUGAGCAUGCCGGAAAGUGCAUAAACACCAAGGGCUCGUUCCAGUGUAAGUGCCAGCGGGGAUACGUGGGGCCGCGCUGCGAGCUGGACAUCAACGAGUGCAUGUCCAGCCCGUGCAUGAACGAGGCCACUUGCCUGGACCAAAUUGGCGACUUCCACUGCAUCUGCAUGCCAGGCUACGAGGGGGAGUUCUGCGAGAUCGAUACGGAUGAGUGCGCCCACAGCCCCUGCCUGAACAGUGGCAAGUGUAUCGACAAGAUCAACGCCUUCCACUGCCAGUGCCCCACAGGCUUUACCGGCCACCUCUGCCAGAUCGACAUUGACGAGUGCGCCAGCACGCCGUGCCAGAAUGGCGCCAAGUGCACAGACGGGCCAAAUAAGUACACCUGCGAGUGCACAGAGGGCUACACUGGGAGGCACUGCGAGACGGACAUCAACGAGUGCUACUCUGACCCGUGCCACUAUGGCUCCUGCAUUGACGGCCUGGCUUCCUUCAGCUGCCACUGCCACCCGGGUUACACCGGCCGACUGUGCGAGACCAACAUCAACGAGUGUCUUAGUCAACCGUGCAGAAAUGGCGGCGUCUGCCAGGACCGGGAAAACGCUUACAUUUGCAAUUGUCCCAAGGGGACCACAGGAAUCAACUGUGAAAUCAACAUUGAUGACUGCAAGAGCAACACUUGUGACUAUGGGACUUGCAUUGACAAGAUCAAUGGCUAUGAGUGUGCCUGCAAGCCCGGCUACACUGGCACCAUGUGCAACAUCAACAUUGACGAGUGUGCCAUCAACCCGUGUCACAACGGCGGCACCUGCAUCGACGGCAUCAACAGCUUCACCUGCGUGUGUCCGGAAGGUUACCACGACGCCACCUGCUUCUCACAGGUCAACGAGUGCCUCAGCAACCCCUGCAUCCACGGCCACUGCGAGGACAAGAUCAACGGAUAUAAAUGCCUGUGCGACUCUGGCUGGAGCGGCAACAACUGCGACAUCAACAACAACGAGUGCGAGUCCAAUCCGUGCAUGAACGGAGGCACGUGCAAAGACAUGACCAGCGGAUACGUUUGCACCUGCCGCGCAGGCUUUACUGGACCAAACUGCCAAACCAACAUCAACGAAUGCGCCUCCAACCCCUGCCUCAACCAGGGGACGUGCAUGGACGACGUGGCAGGCUAUAAGUGCAACUGUAUCCUGCCUUACACUGGAGAGAACUGUGAAAGUGUCAUGGCCCCUUGUAGCUCCAAACCUUGCAAACAUGGGGGAGUGUGUCAGGAGUCUGAGGACUAUCAAAGCUUUUCCUGCGUCUGCCCGGAAGGAUGGCAAGGGCAAACCUGCGAGGUGGACAUUAAAGAGUGUGUGAAGAACCCCUGCCGUAAUGGCGCUACUUGCCAGAACACCAUGGGAAGUUACCGCUGCGGCUGCAAACCGGGCUUCACCGGGCGCAACUGUGAAACCGACAUUGACGACUGCAAGCCCAAUCCGUGCAGCAACGGAGGCCUGUGUGAGGACGAGGUGGACGGAUUCUUGUGUACGUGCCAGCCGGGCUUCCGAGGCAACACGUGCGACGAAGACAUCAACGAGUGUGAGAGCAACCCGUGCAAGAACGAAGCCAACUGCACGGACUGUGUCAACAGUUACACCUGCACCUGCCCGCCAGGCUUCAGUGGAAUCCACUGUGAAAACAACACCCCUGACUGCACAGAGAGCUCCUGUUUUAACGGCGGGACAUGUGUGGACGGCAUCAACACCUUCACUUGCUUGUGCCCAUCUGGCUUCACCGGCAGCUACUGUCAGCACGACAUCAACGAGUGCGACUCCAGACCCUGCCUGAAUGGCGGCACCUGCCAGGACAGCUAUGGCACCUACAAGUGUACCUGUCCUCACGGCUACACGGGACUCAACUGUCAGAAUCUGGUGCGCUGGUGCGACUCGUCGCCUUGUAAGAACGGGGGCACCUGCUGGCAAAGGGGGACCACUUACAGCUGCGAGUGCCAGACUGGUUGGGCGGGGGUCUACUGCGACAUACCGAGCGUCUCCUGCGAGGUUGCAGCCAAACAGAGAGGGGUCGAUGUCGCCAAUCUGUGCCGUAACUCAGGCCAGUGUCUGGAUGCCGGAAACGUCCAUCGGUGCCGCUGCCAGGUUGGUUACACGGGAAGCUACUGCGAAGAGCAGGUGGAUGAAUGCACCCCCAACCCUUGUCAAAACGGAGCGUCGUGUACGGACUUUCUGGGAGGAUAUUCAUGCAAGUGCAUGCCAGGCUUCGUAGGGACCAACUGCUCGGACGAGAUCAAUGAGUGUUUCUCCCAGCCGUGCCAGAACGGGGGCACCUGCAUUGACCUGAUCAAUACCUACAAAUGCUCCUGUCCCCGAGGGACCCAAGGCGUGAACUGCGAGAUCAACAUCGAUGACUGCACCCCGUUUGCCGAUCCCGUCACCAAAGAGCCCAAGUGUUUUAACCACGGGAAAUGUGUGGACGGGGUAGGGGGCUACCACUGCAUCUGCCCACCAGGAUACGUGGGAGAGCGGUGCGAGGGGGACGUCAACGAGUGUCUAUCCAACCCCUGCGACCCGCGGGGCACACACAGAUGCAUCCAGUUAGCCAACAACUACCGCUGCGAGUGUCGCACCGGAUUCACUGGUCAGCGCUGUGACGCUGUGUUCGAUGGCUGUAAGGGUAGACCUUGUCGUAAUGGGGGCACCUGUGCUGUCGCCAGUAACACCCCACAUGGCUUCAUAUGCAAAUGCCCUCCGGGUUUUACUGGCUCCACAUGCGAAUAUGACGCCCAGGCUUGCGGCAGCCUCCACUGCCGCAACGGAGGCACGUGCAUCUCCGGCCAAAAAAGCCCCAAGUGUUUCUGCACGCCGUCAUUCACGGGACCCCAGUGCCAGUAUCCCACCGACAGCCCCUGCAACUCCAACCCCUGCUACAACUUUGCCACGUGCGAGAACGCCUCGGAGGAGCCCUUCUACCACUGCGUCUGCCCCGCCAACUUCAACGGCCUCUGGUGCCACAUCCUAGAUUACAGCUCCCGGGGGGGUCCUGGCCAUGACAUCACGCCGCCGCCGUCUGUGGAGGUGGACGUCGCCUGCGAGAUCCCGCAGUGCGAGGAGCGCAAGCACAACCAGGUGUGCGACGGGCUGUGCAACAACCACGCGUGCGGCUGGGACUACGGCGACUGCUCGCUCAACUUCGACGACCCGUGGAAGAACUGCUCGGCCUCGCUGCAGUGCUGGCGCUACUUCAACGACGGCAAGUGCGACUCGCAAUGUGACAACGCUGGAUGCCUCUAUGACGGAUUUGACUGCCAGAACCUGGAAGGACAAUGCAACCCUUUAUACGACCAGUACUGCAAGGAUCACUAUGCCGACAACCACUGCGACCAAGGCUGCAACAACGCCGAGUGCGAGUGGGACGGCUUGGACUGUGCCAACAACAUGCCAGAGAAGUUCGCCAUGGGCCAGUUGGUUGUAGUGGUCCACAUCGCGCCCGAGCAGCUCCUCAACAACUCGUUUGGCUUCCUGCGCGAGCUCAGCCGUGUCCUCCGCACCAACGUGGUGUUCAGGAAGGACGUGGAGGGCGGCACCAUGGUUUAUCCCUACUACGGCAACGAGCAGGAGCUGAAAAAGUACAAUGUCAAGCGCUCAGUAGACAGUUGGUCAGAGGUUCCGGUCAAGGUGCUGACUAUAGCUAAGAGGAGCUUGUAUCACGCAGCAGGGGGGCACUGGAGGACGAAGAGGGAGCUGGAUCACUUGCAGAUAAAAGGUUCAAUUGUGCACUUGGAGGUGGAUAACCGUCAGUGCAUCCAGCAGUCCAGUGAGUGUUUCCAGAGCACCACGGAUGCCGCUGCCUUCCUCGGGGCAUUGGCUUCCAGUGGCAAACUGGAUGUUCCCUACACCAUUGAAGCUGUUUAUAGCGGUGCAGACCCUCAGCCGUCUCAGGAACUCUAUCCCAUCUACGUGGUCGUAGGCGCUCUGCUGAUGCUGGCCUUCGCCGGAGUGGGCAUGGUCGCUGCCCGUAAGCGGCGCCACGAACACGGACGCCUUUGGCUCCCCGAAGGCUUUAAGACGACGGAGACCAGCAAAAAGAAAAGACGGGAGCCCGUCGGGGAGGACUCGGUGGGAUUAAAGCCGCUGAAAAACACCUCGGACAUUUCGCUCAUGGACGACGGCCACAACGAUUGGGGAGAAGACGAGCCUUCAGAUGCCAAACGCUUCAGGCACUUUGACGAGCAAGCUGUCCUGGAGGUGGAUGACAAGAAGGACAACCGACAGUGGACCCAACAGCACCUGGACGCUGCCGACCUGCGCAUCCCCUCCAUCGCGCCCACACCCCCCCAGGGCGAGAUUGAGAACGACUGCAUGGACGUUAACGUUCGGGGUCCAGAUGGAUUCACACCCCUGAUGAUUGCGUCCUGCAGUGGCGGCGGCUUAGAAACGGGCAACAGCGAGGAGGAGGAGGACGCCUCGGCCAACGUGAUCAAUGACUUCAUCUAUCAGGGCGCCAACCUUCACAACCAGACCGACCGCACUGGCGAGACCGCGCUGCACCUGGCCGCUCGCUACGCCCGCUCCGACGCCGCCAAAAGGCUGCUGGAGGCCAGCGCUGAUGCCAACAUCCAGGACAACAUGGGCAGGACGCCCCUGCAUGCGGCCGUGGCAGCAGACGCCCAGGGUGUCUUCCAGAUUCUUAUCAGGAACCGCGCCACCGACCUCGAUGCCCGCAUGCAUGACGGCACCACUCCCCUAAUCUUGGCUGCCCGGUUGGCAGUGGAAGGCAUGGUGGAUGAGCUCAUCAACUGCCACGCCGAUGUCAACGCCAUCGAUGAUUUCGGUAAAUCGGCGUUACACUGGGCCGCCGCUGUGAAUAACGUGGAGGCAGCCAUCGUGUUACUCAAGAGCGGCGCCAACAAGGACAUGCAGAACAACAAGGAGGAGACGCCGCUCUUCCUGGCAGCUCGGGAAGGAAGCUACGAGACCGCCAAGGUCCUCCUGGAUCACUUCGCCAACCGAGAGAUAACCGACCACAUGGACCGCCUUCCGAGAGACAUUGCCCAAGAGCGAAUGCACCAUGACAUCGUGAGGCUGAUGGACGAGUACAACCUGGUGCGAAGCCCUCCCAUGCACGGGGGCUCCCUCAGCACGGCGUUGUCGCCCGCUCUCUGCUCGCCCAACGGCUACCUGGGCAACAUGAAGCAGUCCCAGCCGCAGGGUCAAGGGCUGGGCAAAAAGGCCCGGAAGCCCGGUGCCAAAAGCUGCAAGGACAGCAAGGACAUGAAAGUGAAGAAGAAGAACUCCCAGGACGGGAAGUCCGGCAACCUCCUGGACAGCUCGGCCGUGCUAUCGCCGGUGGAUUCGCUGGCAUCGCCGCACGGCUACGGAUCGGAUGUGGCGUCCCCUCCCAUGAUGACGUCGCCGUUCCAGCAGUCGCCGCCCGUGUCGCUUAAUCACCUCCAGGCCAUGUCGGACGCGCACCUGGCCGUCAACCACAUGGUGAUGCCCAACAAGCAGGAGCUGGCGCGGAUGCAGUUCGACCCGCUUCCUCCCCGCCUUACCCACCUGCCCGUGACAGGGUCGAGCGGGCAGUGCACCUUGACGGCCCAGUGCGAUUGGCUCUCCAGGAUGCACGGCAACAUGAGCCAGUUUAACGCCUUAAGAGGAGGAGGGCAGGGGGGCUUGGGAAUGAUGACCACCCUUCACAACGGUCACCCUGCCAACAUGUCUCAGAUGAUGACCUACACGGGGAUUCAGAACGCCCGCCUCGCUCCUCAGCCUCACAUCAUGCAGCAGAUGCAGAACCUCCAGCAGCUCCAGCAGCAACAAAGCAUCCAGCUGCAGAACCAGAGCUCAAACACGAGCAACGGCCAGAACUUCAUCAGCGGCGAGCUGAGUUCCCCGGAGCUCCAGCAAAGCAGCGGCACCUCCAGCAUCCCCAUCCGCACCAUCCUGCCCCAGGAGGCCCAGAUCAUCACCCAGUCCAUCCCCAGCACCCAGUUCCUCACCCCGCCCUCCCAGCACAGCUACACGGGCACCAUGGACAACACCCCGAGCCAUCAGGUCCAAGUGGCCGACCACCCCUUUCUGACACCUUCCCCGGGCUCCCCGGAUCAAUGGUCCAGCUCUUCUCCUCACUCCAACAUGUCCGACUGGUCGGAGGGCAUCUCCAGCCCGCCCACCAGCAUGCAGUCUCAGAUGGUGCACAUUCCCGAACAGUUCAAAUGAAAAAGUGAUCCAUAUAUUUUUAUAAUAAAAAAGGGCAAAGCUGUAAACAAGACUUAAUAGAACACUUUAUAUGCUUUUAUACUAACAGCAUUUCAUCAACUCUUUUUGUUUUUUUUAUUUAUUAAUGUCUUAUUUAUACGCCUUGCCUGCCUACAGAAAUUCGGGGUCUUUCUUCUCUUCUUUUGUGCUCAUACACUGGCUAUUUAUUGUCGUCCGAGUCCCACUUCUCUUAAUCUUUGUCUUAUAUAUUUUUUGUAUAAUCUUGUUUAUAGAGAAAAUGGUGUUCAAGGGGCAUUUCAUAGUAAGUGUUAAUCCGGGGUGUAAACGUAGAGUUUUUACCAUUUCAAUUUUUGUUACAUUUUCCAAAAACAAGGAAGUAUGCGAGACGUUGCAUCCAGCGGUGAUUGAUGCUAUGUUUGUACAGUUAAAGGCCAUCUUGGAGAUCGGCUGUUAAAAAGACAACUGGCCCUGUUUCGGCCACCGUUUAUGUUGUUGUUAGUCCGGAGGGAGAUCAAGGAAACGCCCCCCUCUCUCUCUCCUAUACGUUUGAGCCUAUGGCUGUGUUCUCUUCCCUCUCUGUAAAUACUUUAGGUCAUGCAUUUCCCUUGUAAGCAGGAUUUUGUUGAAGAAAUCUGAUGUCUUAAGCAUUCAUUGUUUUGCCUGUCAAAUGUCAAACAGAUGGUAUAGUUUAUAUACUGCUUGUUUAGCCUUUUUUUUCCUGUUAAAGUUUGGACACCCUUGCUUUAAAGUGUCACAUCGAAUAGAGUAUAUAUUUUGUAUACCUCCCCCCCAUUAUGCAAUCAUUCAUUUCAACUGUAUAGCAUUAUAAAUGUUGUCUUUUGGACAUUAAUAUGUGUUUGAGUUCUGUUCAUCUUUAAAAUCCAUUGACGCUUAUGUUUGUUUAUUGUCCAUUUGCCAUACUAAAACAUAGUCCUUCAGUACUGUCUGAGACACAACCUGCAGGUUGUAUUUUAUUUUUUAAAUUUGGUUGUAGUGACACUGUAUAUUUUCUCUCAUGUACAAAGAUACGACUGGCAAAACAUAUAACCCGUCAAAAACCCUCUGUCCUUUUUUUCAGUCUGUAAAAAUGUUUCUUGAUAUAAUAAAUGGCACCUGUUUGUGUCUUAA